AUAGACUUCGCGGAAUGAUUCCAUUAGCGGAAUAUUCCACUAGAAGUUAGCGGGCCAUCGGCCAGUAGCGACACUAUGAUUUAGUGAGGUUGGUUUAGUGACAGUAGUGAUAGAGUAGAGUGUGUAGAGACAAUAACAAACCUAAAUGAACUGUAGUAAUUCGGAUAUCUCCAUAGGAGUAUAUAAGCAGCGAGUUCCCCCACUAUAUUAAGUGGUAAUAGUGUCAUUAAUUAUCUAAGUGAUCCUUAGUAACGUAACGUAAACUAUCAGUCACUAUUCGUAGUGACAUCUUUCACUAAUUUUUCACUCCACUAACACUCCGCGGAGUUCCUGAUCCACUAUAUAUAUUACUGAGUCCCCACUAAUUACACUAAUUACUGAUUCACUACUUCACUAAUAAUUAUUAUUACUACCCACCAAUCACUACUCACUACUCACUACUCACUACUCACUACUCACUACUCACUACUCACUAACUAGUCAUGUCCUACAUAGGCUGGACCAUUCAUGACUGGAAACAGUUUCAUUAUAGUGCAACCCCUAACGAAUCGUAUGCCUUACUCGCUAAUUUAUUAGCUACCCAAUCACCAGCACCUAAAGACCCUGCCUGGAUCUCGCUAGCUUCUACUGACAAUUUAAAACAUCAAUGGAAUGUCUUACAAUCUCGAGCCAAUAAGUUGGAUUUACCUCUUUAUGGUGUCCCAGUAGCCAUUAAAGAUAAUAUCGAUGUUAAGGGAUUUGAAACAACUGCCGCUUGUUCGGCCUAUGCUUACACACCUAAUGAAGAUGCUACUACUGUUAAAUACUUACGAGACGCUGGUGCAAUAAUCAUUGGUAAAACCAAUUUAGAUCAGUUCGCUACAGGACUUGUUGGAACAAGAUCUCCCUAUGGAAUUACUCCUAAUACUUUUAAUUCAGACUAUGUAGUUGGAGGUUCAUCAGCUGGUUCUGCUUCUGUAGUGGCUAGAGGUAUUGUUCCUAUUUCUUUAGGUACUGAUACAGCGGGUUCCGGAAGAGUUCCAGCAGCUCUCAAUAAUAUCAUUGGAUUAAAACCAACAAAGGGGGUCUUCUCGACUGCAGGUGUUGUCCCUGCCUGUAAAUCACUCGACUGUGUAUCGAUCUUCUCCCUAAACUUACAGGAUGCUCAAGUAACAUUUGAAGUUAUGGCUCAUGAAGAUGGACUCAAUGAUGAAUAUUCGAGACCUUUACCACUGAAUCCACUAUUAAAGUUUCCUAAAGUCCCCACUAUCGGAAUUCCUACCAAUUUGGAAUGGUAUGGAGAAACUGAAAAUCCUCAAUUGUAUACUAAAGCAGUGGGAGUAUUUGAACAAUUGGGUGUUAAAUUUGUUCCUGUAGAUAUCAGUCUUUUAUUGGAAUUAGCUAAAUGUCUUUAUGAAGGUCCUUGGGUUAGUGAACGGUAUACUGCCCUUAAGGAUUUCUUAGCAACAAAUCCUCCUGAAGAUACUCUAGAUCCAACUGUCGCUGCUAUAGUUCGAGGAGGAGAGAAACAUUCAGCUGCUACUGCCUUUGAUUAUGAGUAUAAACGUCAAGGAAUCAUUCAAAAAGUUAAACAACAACUCAAAGAUAUUGAUGUUCUCAUAGUUCCUACUGCUCCGUUAACUCCUACCAUUAAACAGAUCCAACAAGAACCAGUGCUCAUUAAUUCUUAUCAGGGAACUUAUACUAAUUUUGUUAAUUUGGCUGAUUUAUCGGCGCUCUCGAUUCCAGCAGGUUUCCGUAAUGAUGGUCAACCAUUUGGUAUCACAUUGUUAUCAGAAAAGUUUAAUGAUUAUGCCCUUUUGGAAUUGGCUUGUCGGUAUAUGAAGCCAUACUCGUCACAAGUACAAUCACCAAAAGGUCAUUUCUAUGGUUGUUUAAGAGAUAAGCCAGUCAGUGGAUUGGGUAAUGAAUUAUUACCAAACGUUCCUAAACUCAAUCCAAAUACUCAUAUCAAAUUGGCCGUAGUGGGUGCUCAUUUAAAGGGUUAUCAACUCCAUUGGCAAUUAGAGAAGGUUCAUGCUUCAUUCAUUGAAUCAACUACAACAUCUCCUCACUAUAAGCUCUAUGCUUUACCCAAGACUGGACCUAUAGCCAAGCCAGGAUUAAGAAGAGUUGGUGAUACUGAUAAUGGAACUUCUAUAACUGUAGAAGUAUACUAUAUCCCUAAGGAGACAUUUGGAGACUUUAUAGCGAUGGUACCUGAACCCCUUGGAAUUGGAUCAGUCGAAUUAAGAUCUGGUGAAUGGAUUAAAUCCUUCAUUUGUGAAGAACAUGGAUAUAAAGCUCCAGGCACUAGCGAUAUCUCCAGCUAUGGAGGAUGGCAUAAUUAUCAAACUCAUUUAAUUGCCAGUCAAAAUAAGAAACCUUUCAAUUCAGUAUUGGUAGCCAAUAGAGGAGAAAUUGCAGUUCGUAUAAUUAAGACAUUAAAGAAAUUAGAUAUUAAGGCCAUUGCCGUAUAUUCUGAUCCUGAUAAGUAUGCAAAACAUGUAUUACUUGCUGAUGUAGCUAUUCCAUUACAUGGAACUUCAGCUGCUGAAACUUAUAUAUCAUUAGAAAAGAUUAUUGAUGCAGCUAAACAAUCAGGAGCUGAAGCCAUUAUACCUGGUUAUGGAUUUUUAUCUGAAAAUGCUGAUUUUUCUGAUAGAUGUAAUAAAGAAGGAAUUGUAUUUGUAGGACCAUCUGGUGAUGCAAUUAGAAAAUUAGGUUUAAAACAUUCAGCUCGUGAAAUUGCUGAACAAGCAGGUGUACCACUUGUUCCUGGUUCAGGAUUAGUUAAAGAUGCUAAAGAGGCUAAAGAAAUUGCUGCUAAAUUAGAAUAUCCAGUAAUGGUAAAGUCUACUGCUGGAGGAGGAGGGAUUGGACUUCAAAAAGUUGAUUCUGAAGCAGAUAUAGAACGAGUGUUUGAAACUGUUCAACAUCAGGGGAAAUCUUACUUUGGCGAUUCAGGAGUAUUUCUUGAACGAUUUGUUGAAAAUGCUCGUCAUGUAGAAAUUCAAAUGUUUGGAGAUGGUUAUGGUAAAGCCAUUGCAUUAGGAGAACGAGAUUGUUCUUUACAACGUAGAAAUCAAAAGAUUAUUGAAGAAACCCCAGCUCCUAAUUUACCAGAACUGACGCGAAUUAAAAUGAGACAAGCAGCGGAAUCACUUGGAAGUCUUAUGAAAUAUAAAUGUGCUGGAACUGUGGAAUUCAUUUAUGAUGAAAGACGCGAUGAAUUUUACUUUCUUGAAGUUAAUGCUCGACUUCAAGUUGAACAUCCCAUAACUGAAAUGGUUACGGGACUUGAUUUAGUGGAAUGGAUGUUAUAUAUUGCUGCUGAUGAUCCACCUGAUUUUAAUCAACCAAUAACCAUUACUGGAGCUUCAAUGGAAGCUCGACUUUAUGCUGAAAACCCCGUAAAGGAUUUCAUGCCAUCACCCGGUCAAUUAACUGAAAUUAAAUUCCCUCUGUGGGCUAGAAUUGAUGGAUGGGCAGAAAAGGGGACAGUCAUAUCAGCCGAAUAUGAUCCUACUCUUGCCAAGAUUAUUGUUCAUGGAAAAGAUCGUAAUGAUGCUCUUGGUAAAUUACGUCAAGCCCUUGAUGAAACCGUUGUAUUUGGAUGUGUUACUAAUAUUGAUUAUUUACGUUCAAUUGCUAAUUCCUCCAUGUUUGAACAAGCUAAAGUUGCCACUAAAGUCUUGGAUACUUAUGAUUAUCGUCCAACCGCCAUUGAAAUCAUUAAUCCGGGUGCUUAUACUACAGUUCAAGAUUAUCCUGGUCGUAAAGGAUAUUGGCAUAUUGGAGUUCCACCAUCUGGAUGUAUGGAUGAAUAUUCAUUUCAAGUAGCUAAUCGAAUAGUUGGAAAUGAUAAACUGGCUCCUGGUUUAGAAAUUACUUUAAAUGGACCUAAAUUACUCUUUCAUCAUAAUGCGGUAAUUACCGUCACGGGUGGACAAGCCGAAGUUGAUGUUAAUGGAAUUUCUGUAAAUCAAUGGGAACCCAUAAACAUUCAUCGAGGUGAUAAAUUAACUAUUGGAAAAUUAUCUACUGGUUGUCGAGCAUAUUUAGCCAUUCGGGGUGGAAUUGAUGUUACGGAAUAUUUAGGAUCUCGUUCAACAUUUGCCUUGGGGAAUUUAGGUGGUCAUAAUGGUCGAGUACUUAAAUUAGGAGAUGUACUUUUCUUAGGUCAACCAGAAUUAGCCAGUUGUACACUUGCUGCUCCUGUGUCUGAACCAAUGACAAUUUCUCCAUCAUUAAUUCCUGAUUAUUCUUCAAAAAUUUGGAAUGUGGCUGUCACUUGUGGUCCUCAUGGAUCACCUGAUUUCUUUACUACUGAAGCAGUAACUGAUUUCUUUUCUAAUACUUGGAAAGUUCAUUAUAAUUCUAAUCGAUUUGGUAUUAGACUUAUUGGUCCUAAACCAACUUGGGCUCGUCCUGAUGGUGGAGAAGCUGGUUUACAUCCAUCCAAUACUCAUGAUUAUGUUUAUUCUUUAGGUGCCAUCAAUUUCACGGGUGAUGAACCCGUCAUUUUAACUUGUGAUGGUCCAUCACUUGGAGGAUUUGUAUGUGAAGCUGUAGUUGCUGAAGCAGAAAUGUGGAAAAUUGGACAAGUUAAACCGGGAGAUCAAAUUCAAUUUAUUCCAAUUAGUUAUGAUACUGCUAAAUCAUUAAAGAAACAACAAGAUACGAUAAUUAAACAACUUUGUGGAGAUUUACCAUCGAUUGAAGGUAAACAAUUAAAGUCACCCGAAGAUCCUGUAUUAUAUCGAUUCCAAGUUAGUGAGAAUGCUCCUAAAGUCACAUAUCGUCAAGCCGGUGAUCGAUAUAUUCUUGUAGAAUAUGGAGAUAAUGCUCUUGAUUUAAAUUUAUCCUAUAGAAUUCAUAAACUUAUAGAAAUGGUUGAUGAAUAUCAUACCACUGGUAUUGUUGAAAUGUCUCAAGGAGUUCGAUCAGUCCUUAUUGAAUAUAAUGAUGAAGUAAGUCAAUCACAAUUAUUACAAACACUCAUAUCUUAUGAACGAGAAAUUCGAUUCAUUAAUAAAUGGAAAGUUAAAUCAAGAAUCAUUAAAUUACCUAUGGCAUUUGAAGAUUCGAAAACUUUAGCAGCUGUAACCAGAUAUCAAGAAACCAUUAGAAGUCUGGCUCCAUGGUUACCAAAUAAUGUUGAUUUUAUUGCUAAUAUUAAUGGACUUAAACGUGAAGAUGUUCGAGAUUUAGUUUAUACGGCAAGAUUUCUUGUUCUUGGAUUAGGUGAUGUAUUCUUAGGAGCUCCAUGUGCGGUACCAUUAGAUCCUCGUCAACGAUUAUUAGGAACUAAAUAUAAUCCUUCAAGAACUUAUACUCCUAAUGGAACAGUAGGAAUUGGAGGUAAUUAUAUGUGUAUAUAUACUAUGGAAUCACCAGGAGGGUAUCAAUUAGUUGGUAGAACCGUUCCAAUUUGGGAUAAACUCACUUUGGCAUCACAUUCCGGUGAUAAACCAUGGCUUUUACGACCAUUUGAUCAAGUUGAAUUUUAUCCGGUUGAUGAAGAAACGGUUGAUAAGUAUUCGGAAGAGAUGAAUGCAGGAAAGUUUACCGUAGACAUUAGUGAAACCGUAUUUGAUCAUGGACAAUAUUUAGAAUGGAUUCAACAACAUUCACAAUCCAUUGAUCAAUUUCAACGAUCUCAAGGAGGUGAUAAACUUGCGGAAUUUAAUCGACUUAUCCAAAUCUCCAAUAGUGAACUUGAACAACAAGUUGAUAAACCUCAAGAUACAGAAACAUUUAGUGAGAAUGCCGAAUUAGUUUAUUCUGAAUAUUCAGGAAGAUUCUGGAAAUCUCUUGUUAAUGUAGGAGAUACCGUUAGUGUCAAUCAAGGAUUAGUGGUGGUAGAAGCUAUGAAAACAGAGAUGGUGGUUAGUGCACCUCGAGCAGGGAUAGUAGUUAAGAUUUAUCAUACUAAUGGAGAUAUGGUAGAUGCUGGAGAUUUAGUGGUUGUACUAGAGUAGUUUAAUUAGUUUGUUCUACAG